CGGGCGGGAGGAGCCGCGCCGGGCGCUAUAAAGGGGCCUCUCGGUGCGCCGCGGGGCCCGCGCCGCUUCCCCCCCGUACCUCCCGCGGCCAUGCGAGCCCGGGCCCGGCCCCCGCGACCGCCCCGCCGCCUCUGAUCCGCCCCGCGGCCAUGGGAGCCCGAGCGGCGGCGGCGGCGCUGGCCGCGGGGAUCGCCCUGCUGCUGGCGGCCGGCGGCCGGGGCCGCGCCGAGGUUUGCAGAAGCAUGGACAUUCGCAACAACCUGACCCGGCUGAACAUGCUGGAGAACUGCACUGUGAUCGAGGGCCACUUGCAGAUAUUGCUGAUGUUUAAAACCAAGCCCGAAGAUUUCCGCGAGCUCAGCUUCCCCAAACUGACUAUGAUUACAGACUACUUGCUGCUUUUCCGUGUGUAUGGCCUGGAGAGCUUAAAGGGGCUUUUCCCCAACCUCACUGUGAUUCGAGGAACUCAUCUGUUUUUUAACUACGCGCUUGUCAUCUUCGAGAUGGUUCACCUGAAGGAGAUCGGCCUCUACAACCUGAUGAACAUUACACGAGGCGCUGUGCGGAUCGAGAAGAACAAUGAAUUGUGUUACUUGUCCACCAUCGACUGGUCAAGGAUUUUGGAUUCUGUAGAAGAUAACUACAUUGUGGCCAACAAGGAUGACAAAGAGGAGUGUGGGGAUGUGUGUCCGGGGACUGUGAAAGGGAAGAGCAGCUGUCCGCCUACGGUGAUAAAUGGCAUUUUCAUUGAACGCUGCUGGACCCACGAUCGCUGCCAGAGAGUUUGCCCCGCUGCCUGCAAGUCCCAGGGCUGCACCUCUGACGGUCAGUGCUGCCACAGCGAGUGUCUCGGGGACUGCACGGAGCCAAACAACCCUGACAAAUGCGUGGCUUGCCGCAACUUCUACCUUGAUGGCAAAUGUGUCGACACCUGCCCACCCGGUUACUAUCGCUUUGAGGGAUGGCGCUGCGUGACCUUUGGCUUCUGCCAGGAGCUGCACAACAAAUGCAAGAAUGCCAGGGAGUCGGGGUGCCACGUUAUCCACAACAACGAGUGCGUUCACGAGUGCCCGUCGGGGUACAUCAUGAACUCCAGCAACCUGCACUGUACCCCCUGCGCAGGGCCCUGUCCAAAGGUUUGCGACUUUGGGAAAGAGAAGACGAUUGAUUCGGUGACAUCGGCACAGGAGCUGCGCGGCUGCACGGUGGUUAACGGGAGCUUAGUUAUAAAUAUCCGCGGAGGAAAUAACAUAGCUGCUGAGCUAGAAGCAAAUCUUGGCUUGAUAGAAGAAAUCUCAGGCUACCUAAAAAUCCGCCGGUCUUACGCCUUGGUUUCUCUUUCUUUCUUUCGUAAACUCCAUCUGAUUAGAGGAGAAACCCUAGAAGCUGGGAAUUAUUCGUUUUAUGCCUUGGACAACCAGAAUCUUCGCCAGCUCUGGGACUGGAGUAAACACAACCUCACUAUUGCACGAGGCAAACUCUUCUUCCAUUAUAAUCCCAAACUGUGUUUGUCAGAAAUCCACAAGAUGGAGGAGAUCUCUGGGACUAAGGGACGUCAGGAGAGGAAUGACAUAGCCCUGAAGACGAACGGUGAUCAGGCGUCAUGUGAAAAUGAGUUGCUGAAAUUCUCUUCCAUUAGGACAUCUCAUGACAAGAUCCUUUUGAAGUGGGAGCCGUACUGGCCUCCCGAUUUCCGGGAUCUCCUGGGAUUUAUGCUUUUUUACAAAGAAGCUCCAUACCAAAAUGUGACAGAGUUUGAUGGCCAAGAUGCUUGUGGAUCGAACAGCUGGACAGUCGUGGAUGUUGACCCACCGCCCCGGUCCAACGAGCCCAAAGCCCAGGCCCAGCCAGGCUGGCUUCUGCGGGGCUUGAAGCCCUGGACACAAUAUGCCAUAUUUGUGAAAACACUGGUCACCUUCUCCGAUGAGCGAAGAACGUAUGGUGCAAAGAGUGAAAUCAUCUAUGUCCAAACCAACGCUACUGUUCCGUCAGUACCAUUAGAUCCGAUAUCCGUUUCCAACUCUUCGUCCCAAAUUAUCCUGAAGUGGAAGCCGCCCUCGGAGCCCAACGGAAACAUCACACACUACCUGGUGUUCUGGCAGCAGCAGGCAGAAGAUAGUGAGCUUUAUGAGCUUGAUUACUGUUUAAAAGGAUUAAAGCUGCCCUCGAGGACGUGGUCUCCUCCUUUUGAAUCUGAAGACCCUCAGAAGUAUAAUCAGAGUGAAAACGAGGAUGUCAGUGGAGAGUGCUGUUCCUGUCCCAAAACAGACUCGCAAAUACAGAAGGAGCUGGAAGAGUCUGCUUUCCGCAAGACGUUUGAGAACUAUCUUCACAACGAGGUGUUUGUCCCCAGGCCAUCAAGAAAACGAAGAGACCUGGGCUCUGUGGCAAACGCCACCGUGGUGAUACCCACCAUCCCGUCCUCCCCAAACAACUCUGCAGCAGCAUCCGAGAGUACAGAGGAGCAGAAACCUUUUGAAAAAGUGAAGUCCAAGGAAUCUCUGGUUAUCUCAGGCCUGCGGCAUUUCACUGGCUAUCGCAUUGAGCUCCACGCUUGUAACCACGAUGCUCAGGAAUCCCGAUGCAGCGUUGCAGCUUACGUCAGUGCCAGGACCAUGCCAGAAGCUAAGGCGGAUGAUGUCGUCGGUCCAGUUACUCAUGAACUGGUGGAAAAAAAUACUGUGCAUUUGAAGUGGCAAGAACCAAAGGAACCAAACGGUCUCAUUGUGCUGUAUGAGGUGAAUUACGGGCGUCUUGGGGAGACAGAGGAAGCCCACUACUGUGUUUCCCGCAAGCAUUUUGCCAGCGAGCAGGGCUGUAAACUCCGUGGACUGCAGCCUGGGAACUACAGCGUCCGUAUCCGAGCUACCUCACUGGCUGGAAAUGGCUCCUGGACAGAACCUACCUAUUUUUAUGUGGCCGAUUAUUUGAAUGCUCAGCCGAAUAUUGCUGUGAUAAUUGUUCCGAUUAUUUUUGCCAUAAUCAUUGCUGGAAUUAUUGGAGCUGCUUACGUGCUUGUGAAAAAGAGACAAACGGAAGGGCCAACUGGACCACUCUACGCAUCCUCUAACCCUGAGUAUCUCAGCGCCAGUGAUGUCUACGUCCCCGACGAAUGGGAGGUUUCACGAGACAAGAUCACUCUGCUCCGAGAGCUCGGCCAGGGCUCCUUUGGCAUGGUCUACGAAGGAAUCGCCAAGGACAUAGUGAAGGGAGAGCCAGAGACGCGUGUAGCUGUGAAAACAGUUAACGAAUCAGCCAGCCUCCGCGAGCGCAUCGAGUUCUUAAACGAAGCUUCUGUGAUGAAAGGUUUCAGCUGCCAUCAUGUGGUUCGCCUCCUCGGGGUGGUCUCGAAAGGGCAACCAACUCUGGUGGUGAUGGAGUUAAUGGCCCAUGGAGACUUGAAAAGCUACCUUCGCUCUUUGAGGCCUGAUGCCGAGAACAACCCUGGUCGGCCACCACCAACGCUGAGAGAGAUGAUCCAGAUGGCUGCCGAGAUCGCUGACGGCAUGGCCUACCUGAACGCCAAAAAAUUUGUUCACCGGGAUCUUGCGGCCCGGAACUGUAUGGUCGCAGAAGACUUCACUGUGAAAAUUGGAGACUUUGGCAUGACCAGAGACAUCUACGAGACAGAUUAUUACCGCAAAGGAGGCAAAGGGCUGCUGCCUGUGCGGUGGAUGGCGCCCGAGUCGCUAAAGGAUGGCGUCUUCACUGCGUAUUCUGAUGUCUGGUCCUUUGGUGUUGUUCUCUGGGAAAUAAGCAGUUUAGCGGAGCAGCCGUACCAGGGACUCUCCAACGAGCAGGUGCUAAAGUUUGUCAUGGAUGGAGGGUACCUGGAUCAGCCGGACAACUGCCCAGAGCGGCUGCACAGCCUGAUGCAGAUGUGUUGGCAGUACAACCCCAAGAUGCGCCCCACCUUCAUCGAGAUCAUCGAGAUGCUGAAGGAGGACUUGCACCCCAGCUUCCACGAGGUCUCGUUCUUCUACAGCGAGGAGAACAAACCUCUGGAGACAGAGGAGUAUGAGAUGGACUUUGAGAACAUGGAGAGCAUUCCCCUCGAUCCCUCCUCAUACUCACAGAGGGACAAAGUCCUGGGGCGGGACAAUGGGCCCUCCAUGGCCCUCAAGGGGAACUACGAAGAGCACAUACCCUACACUCACAUGAACGGUGGCAAGAAAAACGGGAGGAUUCUCUCUAUGCCCAGGUCGAGUCCUUCCUAACGCUUCCUGUUUGGCCCAAGGGUUGUGUCUGCUUUUCCCCCCUCCACAGAUCUCAGGACUCUCGUUGUUGCUGCCACGUGGAUGACAAACGUCCACAGGCUCUUUGGAUUUUCAAUCAGCUGAUGAUUAAUACAUGGGGUUUUUUUUGCCAAGUUGACUGGUUGUCAGUGGAUUUAUCUGUGAACGUAAAUGGAAGAGGUUUCCAUGGCUGCUGUCCCUUCUGUAACCAUGGUUUCAAAACAGGAAGCCACCGUGUCGGUUGAACGGGAGGAGCACCCGCCUUUGCCAACAAAAGACGUGAAAUUCUGCUACGAUCUGAGCUACGGCCCAACGAUGUGGAACAAACCUUCUGCAGGACAAAAGCGUUUCCAGUAGGAUCCCAGGCUUUCAGGCAAACUCUUCACUACAGCUGAAGGAUUCAACACAUCGAUCGGACGCGCCAGAUCCUCAGAUUGACCAAUAGCUGCUGCUUUCAUCCUUUUUAAAUGAGUUCAAUCCCAGGGGAGCGUGCGUGUGCGUGUGUGUGUGCAGUAUCUCUACGUGGGGUUGUAUGUCCAGCAAAACAGACGCUACUGGGAUUUUGUACAUAUUUUGUAUGUUCUCACAGCUUUCCUCUUCUCGGAAGCAUGUUCUUAUCUUUCCUCCCAUUUCCCUGGAGUGACUGAAUCCUAAACAGAUUAUUUUUAUACUGAGGACUCUUGGGAGCAGGUUUUUGCUCAUUAACAAAUGAGGAAAACGUGCUGGGAGCCAAAGGAGCAGAAAUCUGAGAUUUGUGGGUACUUUCAAGACCAAACAAAGUUGCAGUCCCCUGACCUGAGACGCGGAGUGUUCUGUCCUCGCAGCAUCGAAUAUAUAUAUUGUUUGUUGUAACAUAUUUAAAAAUGUCUUCAGUUUAAAUUUUAACUUCAUAUAAAUUAUUGACUGUUCAUGGUCCUUUUGGGGAAGGGAGAAUCUGGGGGAUUGUUUGGUCUUAGAGUGGUCCAAAGAUUUCAGAAUGAACUGAUUUUAGCCGAUUGCCCUUUAGCUGUGAAGCACACAUUAAGUUUAUUCUUGACAAGGCUUUAUAAAAGAGUUUCGUGGUUCAUACGAUGCAGUCAGCGGCUCCAGCUGAAGCCCUGAGAUAACGUGGUUGGGGCUUUGCUUGGUUGUUGGGGGCUGAAGGACACUGGAACAUCCCAAUCCUAAGUCCUGCUGCUUUGUUGCCCCCACAUCCCUCGCUGCGCCGCAGAAGCAGCUGGCAAGAGGGGACGAGCAAGAACUCGAAGCAAGAAAAGCCCGAGGCUUGCAGCUCUGCAGGUGAAGCAGAAACUGGACGGGAAUGUGGUUCGCUGCUGCUGUGCAGGCAUCUGGCGCCGUGCUGCUUGCCGGCUGCCGCUCUUUUCCUGGAAUACUCGCACUGCAUCCUGCUCACUUCUGGGACGCGUGCGGGAGCCACUGCUUUCGGCUCUUUGGGAUGUCGCCUUCCGUCUGCUGGACUGUGCUUUGUUUGCUGCUGUUUGCCUAAAAAAAAAAAAGAACUGAUGAGCAUAA